AUGUACAAACCAACAGGGAGCAUAUUUGGGAAGGAUAAACCACAUCCAACUUCUACAGCUGGUUUUGUGAAUCAAGAAGAGGUGACAGAGGCAACAAAUGCAGAAAAAGAUUCUAAUCAGUCUAAUAAGCAGCUGGAACAUCAUAAAGAUCCAGUAGGAAACUCUAAGGACACUACUGAGGAAGUCCAACCUAAUGAGGGAAAGGAAAGAGAAAAGGAUUUGAAUAAAAAUCAGAACUUUAACAUGGAAGAUGGGAUUCAAGAAGUCCUGAUUAAUCAAAAGCACAAAAGUCCCAUUCCAAUUAAGAACUCCAAUGAAUUGCAAGUUGACAUCUUUAAUGGAGAAUGGGAAAAAGUGGACAACAGAAAAAAUAAAAGGAAAAAUGGAAAGAAAUCAAGUUCACGAGGAGGAAACCAGACAAUGAAAAUAUUCAAUGAUGAGGCAGUUACAGCCAUUACUCAAAACAGUUUUGAUGAGCUAAUGGAAGAAGCUGAGGAUCAAAUGACAAGCACUAGCAAGUCAAGACCAAAUAGCAACAUAAAGGAUAUCAUGAAUGCAGAUGAGGAAGAGUCAGAUUCUCAAGAUGAAUGGGCAGAUAGAACAUCAUCUUCAGAAGAGGAUACAUCAGAAGAAUCAUCAGAGGAUGAGAAGGAGGAAACACCAAAAAAAAAAAUUGAGUAUAAACAUAAGAAGGAAAGAGGAGGUGGUAACAAAUAUUGA